CGGGCUAAAAAUAUUGAUUUCUAUCGAAUGCACCGAAAAUAUCGCCGAUUGGCAUUGCAUUUUUAAGCGAAUUUAAUCGAAAAAAGUCAUGAAAAAAGGUUUUCACAAUACAUUUCCCUAUGGCAUGUAAUGCCUUUGUCACGUAGGCACACACACGUUGCUUGUUUAUUUAUGCGAAGUGAUGAUAGAAAUUUGAUUAAUUUGAAUUGCGGCAGUUGCUGUGAAUACAUGCGAUACAUUGUGCCCAGAGUCCAAUUGCAAAUUUCGUUUUCUAUUGGUAACCACUUUGAACGGUAGUUUUCAGUUCUGAACCCAUUUUACAUAUGAAAUGAGUAAUUAAUGAAAAUGCAAAUUGGAUUUGAAACCAAGUCGUAAUAAUUAUUCCAUUCGACUUUCAUUGGACGUUGGUAUAAAAGAGGGUUACAACACUCAUUUCGAUCAAUUUGUUUGAAGUCGCUGUGAAUUAGGUGUCGAUUUUGGUGAAACCAAUUGUUUUGUUCGAGUUUAGUGAAACAAAGUGAAAUAAUAACCAACGGUGUGCAGUGGAAUUUUUAACAAAUGGGUUUGGAUGUUGAGCACCUCGCUGGCGAAACCGUUCGCUCUGCUGGUGGUUAUACGUUUCCGCUGAUUUUGCCGUUGAUUUUCGUGACAAUCAGUUUGGCUCUAUUGCAUGUGUACUUACAAAGUCGACGCAUCGCAAAAAUUGGCAACAAAAUUCCCGGCCCACCGACUCUCCCUCUUAUCGGAAACGCACAUUAUGUCUGGAGUAAAACUCACAACGAAAUUCUCGAACUGGCCCUGGAAUUGAGCAAGGUUUACACAAAUUUGGCACGAAUUUGGAUCGGACCGAAGUUGAUCGUUUUCUUGACUCAUCCAAAAGAUGUUGAAAUCAUUCUCGGCAGUCAUGUGCACAUUGACAAAUCCGACGAAUAUCGCUUCUUCAAACCAUGGUUGGGCAACGGAUUAUUGAUCAGCAGCGGCGAACACUGGCGCUCACACAGGAAACUUAUCGCUCCAGCUUUCCAUCAAAACGUUUUGAAAUCAUUCAUUCCAACAUUCAAUAGCAACAGCUUGAACGUUGUGAAACGUCUACAAAAAGAAGUCGGCAAAGUUUUUGACAUUCACGAUUACAUGAGUGAGACAACCGUUGACAUUUUGUUGGAAACUGCAAUGGGACAUAAACGUAUCGGCAAAGAUGACGAUGGUUUCAAAUAUGCUAUGGCUGUCAUGAAAAUGUGUGAUAUUUUGCAUGCACGUCACGUGAAAGUGUACUUGCGAUUCGAUGCGCUAUUCAACAUGACCAAGAUCAAGGAAAAGCAAGAGCAGCUCUUGAACACGAUUCACGGUUUAACCAAACGUGUCAUCAAGGAGAAAAAGAAGCUGUUCGAGGAUAAUUACAAGGAAGGAAACGUUCCAACGCCAUCACUCUCUGAAAUUAUUGCCAACGACUACGUUGUUCCAUUGAAACCAGAGAAAAAAACAGCCGAAGGAUUGCGCGAUGAUUUGGAUGAUAUCGAUGAAAAUGAUGUCGGUGAAAAGCGUCGUCUUGCAUUCUUGGACUUGAUGAUUGAGUCAGCGAAGAAUGGUGCCAAUUUGAGUGACACUGAUAUCAAAGAGGAAGUCGACACCAUUAUGUUCGAGGGACAUGACACAACGGCUGCUGGUUCCAGUUUCGUGCUGUGCUUGUUGGGAAUUCAUCAAGACAUCCAAGAUCGUGUAUACAAAGAAAUUUACCAAAUCUUCGGUGAUUCAGACCGUGAGGCUACCUUCAACGAUACCAUGGAAAUGAAAUAUUUGGAACGUGUCAUUAUGGAAUCGUUGCGUUUGUAUCCUCCUGUGCCAAUGAUUGCCCGUAAAGUCAACCAAGACAUUCAAUUGGCUUCGGAGGACUACAUUGUCCCAGCUGGAGCCACAGUUGUCAUUGGAACAUACAAAAUUCAUCGUCGCCCAGACAUCUAUCCAAACCCAGAUCGCUUUGAUCCGGACAAUUUCUUGCCGGAACGCACCCAAUACCGUCACUACUACAGUUUCAUUCCAUUCAGCGCUGGGCCACGAAGCUGUGUCGGCCGCAAAUAUGCCAUGUUAAAAUUGAAGGUGUUGCUAUCGACCAUUUUGCGUAACUACCGAAUCAAAUCUUCAUUGACCCAAGAUGACUUCAAACUGCAGGCCGAUAUCAUUUUGAAACGUACCGAUGGUUUCCGAAUUGAAGUUGAACCACGAAAACGAGUUGUUGCUUAGAUUAAUAACAAAUAAACCGAUCAAUCAGAAUAAGAACAGAAAAAUUACCAAAAUUCAAGCAUUUCAUAAACUAAGAAGUGAUGGAAAAAGUUGCAUUAUGUCAUAAAAAGAAUCCUUCAAUUAGGUUAAGAAGAUAGCGUAGAUGUCGGAAUUAUCAGAAAUAUUCAACGUUUAAGUUCUCGUAGUCAUAAGCACUUAGCAUUCAAAUAAAUUGUGACCGACAAUCACACGUAUGUGUCGUUCCGAGUAAAACCACAAAUUUGGUGCCUCGGCUGGUGAAUUAAAUGCUGCAUCGACACAAUUAAAUGGACACAAUUCGAUACGUGCUCUAUAUAUAAUUUAUUCAAUCGAAUGACUAAAACAUUCGUGUAGUCUUAGUUAGUUCUGUAGUCGAAGCAAAGUUACACAAAGUGACAGGGAAAAAUCACAAAAAAAUGAACGGAAUAUGCAAUUAGCAAUUGAAUUAAAUCAUUCAAUUCAAAACUAAAA